AUGUCGAAUGUCACGCUACCCGAUCUCCCCUAUGCAUACAAUGCGCUCGAGCCGUAUAUCUCCGAGGAGAUCAUGACUCUUCAUCACAAAAAGCACCAUCAGACCUAUGUCAAUGGAUAUAACACAGCAGUAGAGAGCCUGAACAAACUCGUUCAAGAUCCUAGCGCUGCUCGCCAACAGAUCGCUCUCCAAUCCGCAAUCAAGUUCAACGGAGGUGGACACAUCAACCACUCUUUGUUCUGGAAGAACCUCGCUCCUGCAGGAAAGACCGGACUUGGCGCUGACGGGAAGCUGGAAACCCCUCUUCUCGCGAAGGCAAUCGACGACAACUGGAAGGAAAAAGAGGGUGGCUUCGAGGCUUUCAAAAAAGAGUUCAAUGCCGCUGCUCUCGGAAUUCAAGGUUCUGGCUGGGCUUGGCUUGUUUUCAACACCACUAAGGAACGUCUGGAGAUCACCACGACCGCUAAUCAAGAUCCCGUUCUUCCUCCUUAUGUUCCUCUUUUCGGUGUCGACAUGUGGGAGCACGCCUUCUAUCUCCAAUACAAGAAUGUCAAGCCUGACUACCUCACCGCCAUCUGGAACGUGAUUAACUUUCACGAGGCCGAGAAGCGUCUUAAGGAGGCUUCCUCUGCUAAGCUCUAG